AGUGCCCCGAGAGCAGGACUUGGGAAUAGUUCUCCUUUAUUUACUGCAGUAAAAACAAACGCAGUAGAACUCCCAUCUUUUUCACUUAUCAAAAAGUUUGAUUGGAAAACUGAAAACGGGAUUUCCAGAAUCCAAAAGCUGAAAGCAUGUUUGAAGCUCAAGCAAUUUGCAGUCCCAAAUGGCUCCAAUCUCCCAUUCCCACCAGGAACUGCAUUCCCAAACCCAGAAUUGGAUUCCUUACUGGAAUUUCAAACCCAAAUGUUCUCAUUUGCCAAACCCCCAUUCACUUCUCCCCUCAGAAGAACAUUAAAUCCCGGACCCCUUUUGCAGUGAAUGCUUCCUCAACUUCAGUUGGAAGCACAGAAUACAUCGAGGAGCCUGCUACCAAAGAGAGAUUUCAAACAUCUUUGAGUCUGCCGGGUUGCUCGAGUUCAUUGACCUUGCUUGGAACUGGAUACAGGGAAAAGGUCUUUGCAAUUAUUGGCGUAAAAGUCUAUGCUGCAGGACUAUAUGCGAACCAGUCCAUCUUAAAUAGUUUGAAUGCUUGGAAAGGAAGAUCAACUGCUGAGAUUCAAGAGGAUUCAUCCUUGUUCAGCUCCAUUUUUCUAUCUCCUUCGGAGAAAUCAUUACAGAUUGUUCUGGUUAGAGAUGUUGAUGGGAAAACUUUUUGGGACGCCUUGAAUGAUGCCAUCUCUCCAAGAAUCAAAUCACCAACUCCUGUUGAUGAAUCUGCACUAUCCACAUUCCGUAGCAUCUUUCAAGGGCAACCUCUUAAGAAAGGAACUUUCAUAUUUUUGACUUGGCCAGAUCCUUCCAAAAUGCUUGUCUGUAUCUCAUCUGAUGGGCUUCCGUCUGGUGUGGAUGCUGAAAUUGAAUCAGAAAACGUGGCUUUUGCUCUGUUUGAUGUAUUCUUCGGAGAUACUCCAGUUUCUCCCUCCUUGAAAGCUUCGGUUUUGAAUGGACUGGAAUCAAUCCUCAAGAGCUAAGUAUCCGAAAGUUCCAGCUACAAGUGUUGAAACAUGAGUUUUAUCCGGUUCAUCAAGGUGGCCAAUCCGAAACCGGACACUUGAGCCUCCGUGUUUUGAUCUAACAAGAUGUUGCUUGAUUUGAUAUCUCUAUGGAUUAUGUGUGAGGGAUGCAAUCGUGAUGAAGGUACGAUAUUCCUCUUGCCGCACCUAGUGCUAUUUUGCAUCUGGUAGGCCAAUCCAAAAGCUUUUUGUCCAUUGAUCCAUGAUAUGAUCAUGGCAUUCUACUGCAUCCAGACUUGGAAGGCUGGGUUGACAACAAUGGUGAGAUUGCCUGCAGUAUCCUUGAGAAAAGCCAAGGACACUAAUUGGUGCCAUCAACGAAGGAGACGAGGUUCCUGCUAUGAAGCAGGAGUAGGAUUUGUGCAUGCCAAAGAGGGUAGUUUGUGCGAUCAAGCUUGAUCGUCAAAAAAUUAGAGACAUCAGGAAUAGUUGAAGUGGGUAGGGCAGAAGAGGAGGAAAAAAAAAUUGGUGUUUUGUCAUGAGAUUUUUAGAAAUAAUCACACAUGAGAUUAUAAAGGCUAAAAGAGUUAUUGAUGCUCAACUCAGUUAAUUCUGAGAGAGUUUAUAUGUUUGUAUUUAUAGAGAUGAAUUACGUUACAAGAACUGAUUACAAAUAAUUGUUCAAUAUAAAUCCCCAAGUCUAUGAGCUAAUACAAGAGUAUAUCAGAGGAAAGGAAGCAGCAGCAUCUUUAGUGGAGGAGUCACAGCAAACAACAAACUUAUGGUUUAUCAGGAGAUGCAUAUGUCUUGUUAUAAUUGGUUAGUGCUAUUGACACACUUAUUUUUACUUUU